AGAAGCCCAGUGGCUCGUCACUAACCUCUGCCCUGCUGCCGCGAAGGAGCGCGGGAAAUCCCGAGUUUCUGGAUGCCAUUCUGCCGCUGGGACCAUGGCCACCUCCUCGGUGUCCAAGGGCUGUUUUGUGUUUAAGCCAAACUUCAAGAAGAGAAAGAUCUCUGUGCCAAUAGAGGAGUAUUUUAAUGAAGGGAAAAAUGAGUCUGAGGACAGUAAGCUUCGAUUUGAAACUUAUCAGAUGAUAUGGCAGCAGAUGAAAUCUGAAACUGAGCAAAUGCAAGAGGAAUUAAAUAAAAACCUGUUUGACAGCCUAAUCAAAUUUCUACAAAAGUCUCAUUCUGGAUUCCAGAAGAAUUCAAGAGACUGGGGCUGUCAAAUAAAACUAAGAGAAAUUCCAACUGCUGCUCUUAUUUUAGGUGUGAAUGUAACAGAUCAUGAAUUUACAUUCAGAAGUCUAACAGAAGCCGUUCAGAAUAAUGUCACUCCAUAUGUAGUCUCAUUGCAAGCUAGAGACUGUCCAGAUAUGAAACAUUUUUUACAAAAGCUGUUCUCACAGUUGAUGGACUGCCGUGUAGAUGUGGAAUCCAAAGAGGAGGAAAAAGAUAUCCAGAAAAAGACACAUUGUUCAAUGGAUUCUCUUUCCAGUUGGUAUAUGAAUGUCACACAGAAGACAGACCCAGGAAAGCCACGGAAAAAGAGGACUUCUAGCCAAUGGCCGUCUCCUCCUGUUGUGCUUAUCUUAAAAGAUAUGGAAAGCUUCACCACAAAAGUACUCCAAGACUUCAUAAUUAUCAGCAGUCAGCAUCUACAUGAAUUUCCACUAAUACUCAUUUUUGGAAUUGCCACAUCUCCUGUUAUCAUCCAUCGGUUGCUUCCUCAUGCAGUAUCAUCUAUGUUGUGUAUAGAAAUAUUCCAAUCUUUGUCUUGCAAGGAGCACCUGACUACAGUAAUUGAUAAGCUACUUCUUACAACUCAGUUUCCCUUUAAACUGAGUGAAAAAGUAUUACAGAUUCUGACCAGCAUCUUUUUAUAUUAUGAUUUCUCAAUACAGAACUUUAUAAAAGGACUUCAGCUUUCUCUAUUAGAGCAUUUCUAUUCCCAGCCCCUCAGUGUUCUGUGUUGUAAUCUCCCAGAAGCCAAGAGAAGAAUACAUUUUUUAUCAGAUAAUCAAUGUGAAAACAUCCGACGUCUUGCAUCAUUUAGGAGGUACGUGGAAAAGCAAGCUACAGAAAAGCAGGUUGCACUGUUGACUAAUGAGAGAUUUUUAAAGGAGGAGACACAAUCAUUACUAGAAAGCCUGCAUGUGUACCAUACAAAUUACUUUCUGGUUUUGAGAUGUCUUCAUCAGUUCACUUCUUCUCUUCCCAAGUACCCACUGGGUCGACAGAUCAGAGAGCUGUACUGCACAUGUUUAGAAAAGAACAUAUGGGAUUCAGAGGAGUAUGCAUCGGCCUUGCAGCUGCUGAGAAUGUUGGCAAAGGAUGAACUGAUGACCAUCCUUCAGAAGUGUUUCAGCGUUUUAAAGUCCUCUUCUGAAAAGCAUCUUGGCAGCACAGAAAAGAGGAUAGAGGAGCUCCUGGCCCAGCUUCAGAGCCUGGAUGCAGAAGUCAAAGAGGAAGAAGAUGCUUCUGGGUCACAGUCAAAGGGGCUUCAGAAGACAGACCUCUAUCAUCUUCAGAAGUCACUAUUGGAAAUGAAGGAGUUAAGAAGAACAGGAAAGAAACAAACCAAGUUUGAAGUCCUGAGAGAAAAAGUUGUGAACUUCAUUGACUGUCUGGUGAGAGAAUACCUUCUGCCUCCGGAGACACAGCCUCUGCACGAGGUGGUGUACUUCACCGCUGCUCACACCCUUCACGAGCACCUCAAUGCUGCUCCGCGCAUGGCCCUCCACACUGCACUCAACAACCCCUAUUAUUAUCUCAAGAAUGAAGCACUGAAAAGUGAAGAAGGCUGCAUUCCAAAUGUCGCCCCAGACAUCUGCAUAGCAUAUAAACUGCACCUCGAGUGCAGCAGGCUAAUCAACCUUGUGGACUGGUCAGAGGCUUUUGCAACAGUUGUGACAGCUGCUGAAAAAACAGAUGCCAAUUCUAUAACCUCAGAAGAAAGGAAUGACAUUAUUCAUGCUCGGUUCAUUAGAGCUGUUUCUGAACUAGAACUUCUAGGAUUUGUAAAACCUACCAAACAGAAGACUGACCACGUGGCAAGGCUAACAUGGGGAGGCUGCUAAGAAAGCAAAUGAAUGAAGCCGCAAGGAUCACAUUUAGUUUGAGAGAAGAGAGAGACCAGUCAUACUUACAUACCACUAGAGGACAAAUGUAUAAUCCCCACAUGAUGUUUAACCAGAAAGUAGACUGUUAAUCCCAAACAGGACUAUAUCCAAACACUUUCGGCAUACUUUGGAAUCCAGUAACAGGCUUACAUUGUAACUGAAACCUUUCUCACAUUAUCACUAAUUUUCAUAUUAAUAAAAUGUUCUUGAACAUAGUA